ACGCCGUAGGGGGCGGGCCGUUCGGGGUUGGUUUCCUGGGCGACCACCGCUGGGUAGUCGGUUAGAGGUGUGCGGGCUUCGGGGGCCAUGGGGACUCCUCCUGGCCUGCAGACAGACUGCGAGGCGCUGCUCAGUCGCUUCCAGGAGACAGACAGUGUACGCUUCGAGGACUUCACGGAGCUGUGGAGAAACAUGAAGUUCGGUACUAUUUUCUGUGGCAGAAUGAGAAAUUUAGAAAAGAACAUGUUUACAAAAGAAGCUUUGGCUUUGGCUUGGCGAUAUUUUUUACCUCCAUAUACCUUCCAGAUCAGAGUUGGUGCUUUGUAUCUGCUAUAUGGAUUAUAUAACACCCAACUGUGUCAACCAAAACAAAAGAUCAGAGUUGCCCUGAAGGAUUGGGAUGAAGUUUUAAAAUUUCAGCAAGAUUUAGUAAAUGCACAGCAUUUUGAUGCAGCUUAUAUUUUUAGGAAGCUACGACUAGACAGAGCAUUUCACUUUACAGCAAUGCCCAAAUUGUUGUCAUAUAGGAUGAAGAAAAAAAUUCACCGAGCUGAAGUUACAGAAGAAUUUAAGGACCCAAGUGAUCGUGUGAUGAAGCUUAUCACUUCUGAUGUAUUAGAGGAAAUGCUGAACGUUCAUGAUCAUUAUCAGAACAUGAAACGUGUAAUUUCGGUUGAUAAGUCCAAGCCAGAUAAAGCCCUCAGUUUGAUAAAGGAUGAUUUUUUUGACAAUAUUAAGAACAUAGUUUUGGAGCAUCAGCAGUGGCACAAAGACAGAAAGAAUCCAUCCUUAAAAUCAAAAAUUAAUGAUGGAAAAGAAAAAAUGGAAGGAAAUUCACAAGAAACAGAGAGAUGUGAAAGGGCAGAAUCAUUAGCGAAAAUAAAAUCAAAGGCCUUUUCAGUUGUCAUUCAGGCAUCCAAAUCAAGAAGGCAUCGUCAAGUCAAACUUGACUCUUCUGACUGUGAUUCUGCAUCUGGUCAAGGGCAAGUCAAAGCAACUAGGAAAAAAGAGAAGAAAGAAAGAUUGAAACCAGCAGGAAGGAAGAUGUCUUUCAGAAACAAAGGUAACGUGCAGAAUAUACUCAAGGAAGAUAAACCUUUAAGUCUGAGUAUGCCUGUAAUUACAGAAGAAGAAGAGAAUGAAAGUUUGAGUGGAACAGAGUUCACUGCAUCCAAGAAGAAGAGAAAACACUGAACAAAGAGCCUGGUGUAGUUUUUAAUUUUGAGUUUUCUGACAGAAGAAAAGAUUGAUAUUUUGUGUAUUGAACAGGAAGACUGCCAGUAUUAAAAAUAAUCCUUCUGGGAAACUGUAGGUUAUUUCUUGGAAAUUGCAAUACACAGUUCUAGAAUAAAAGUACACAAAAUUAGAAUAAGAAUUCUUUAACAUUUUCUUUAAUGAUAUGCAUAAAUGGAGAUAAAACUUGUAUUUAGUCUGUAAUAUAAAAAAUUCUUGGCCGGGCGCGGUGGCUCAAGCCUGUAAUCCCAGCACUUUGGGAGGCCGAGACGGGCGGAUCACGAGGUCAGGAGAUCGAGACCAUCCUGGCUAACCCGGUGAAACCCCGUC